AUGUCAAACAACCAAGAGACAUUUGCAUUGAAGGACAAGUUACGUGGACUUGUUAAUACCAUUGUUGAAGGCGAUGAUUUCAAUCUGCAUGCUGCUGAUGAAGCCAUCACUACACUUUCUGUUCUCAGGGACCUGAAAUCCAGUGCUUCUUUCUCAAGUAAAUUCGAUCGUUUAUCUCCUCCUGUCCCUCCGCAGUUUCGAUGCCCUAUCUCAGGUCUCAUUAUGACUGAUCCUGUUAUCUUGGCCAAUGGACAGACUUAUGAUAGACCAUUCAUUCAGAACUGGCUGAAUGAAGUCCAUAGAGAAUGCCCUCAAACUCAGCAUGUUCUCUCUCACUCCAUUCUUUCUCCUAAUUAUUUGGUUCAAGACAUGAUUUCAAGGUGGUGUAAGGAGCAUGGAGUUGAGCUACCAAUGCCUGUUGGGGAACUUGACAAUCGAGAACCAACCGAAGCGCAUAAGUACCGUUUACGGUCAUUGCUUCACAAACUGUCAUUAUCUGCAUUGGAUAAAAAAGAAGCUGCGAGAGAGCUUCGGCUUUUAGCUAAGCAAAUACCUCCGUUUCGAACACUCUUUGGUGACUCAGAAGUGAUUAAAAAAUUGCUUAGUCCGAUAUCACAAGGCGUGGCUUGUAUAGACCCGGAACUCCAUGAAGACUUGAUCACAGCGGUUCUCAAUCUCUCAAUCGACGAUAACAAUAAGAGAGUUUUCGUAGAGGAUGAAAAGGUUAUCAGCUUUAUUGUCGAUUCAUUGAAAUCAGGAACUGUUCAAACAAGAAGCAAUGCAGCAGCAGCAAUUUUUUCAUUAUCAGCACUUGAUAUCAACAAACAAAUCAUUGGAAAAACCAGUGCGAUUAAAUAUUUGGUUGAUCUUUUAGAAAAGGGACAUCCAUCAUCAAUGAAAGACGCUGCUUCGGCUCUAUUCAAUCUAUGUAUUGCACAUGAAAAUAAAGCGAAAACAGUUCGAGAAGGCGUGGUUCAGGUUAUUCUCAGCAAGAUCUUCGUGGACCGGUUUCUAGUAGACGAGUUUUUGGCCUUAUUGGCACUUCUAUCUAGCCAUACCAAGGCUGUUGCGGCAUUGGGAAGUCACGGCGCUGUCCCUUUCUUUAUGGACAUUUUAAGAGAUAGCAGCAUUUCGGAUCGCAGCAAAGAGAAUUGCGUUGCAAUCUUGAACAUAAUAGUUUUCAGUGAUAAAACAAAGAGGAAGGAAAUUAGAGAUGAUGAAAUAUCCAAUGGUACAUUGGCUAAGCUUGCAGAAUGUGGAACUUCAAGAGCAAAGAGGAAAGCUUCUGGUAUUCUUGAUAGGCUCAAGUUUGCUCAAUCCUCAAAGCACACCACUUAA